AUGGAUCAGAUACUUAGCAAGGUAGGUUCAUACUGGUUGGGUCAAAAAGCAAGCAAGGAAAUGAACUCCGUCGGCAAUGAUAUUAAUAUCGCCUCUAUUCUUCUCUCCACGCAAUCCGUCGCGGCCAUCGGGAAGAGAAGCUCCGGCGCAGCAGCUUCACCACCAGACGAGAAUCUCCGGCGCAGAUCUGAAGCAGAAUUAAAUAGAUCUGAGGAGAAGACACAGGAGCAAUACUUCUCGAGAUCACACGAUGGCAGUAACUUGCCCACCACUGUCGGCAGCGAUCUGUGGUGCGCUACAGCGACGGCGAUUAUGCCGUGCGCCGCAGCGGCUACUCACGCCGAUGAUGACACGCAGAGGCUCUGA